AUGGUCGUGGCACGGGUCAAGGCACACUCAGGGAGGGUUACAGGGCUCGUGCCAUGUGGCGAGUAUCAGCUGCUGUCCUCAUCCACAGACUCGACCAUUGCCCUGUGGGAUAUCAGAAGAGCUGCUGACGUGGCAGCAGUGGAGAGGGUGGUGGCUCAUACGCAAGGCAUCACAGCAAUGGUUGCUCUCACACCCACCAUGCUCACGCCCUCUUCUGGGGGAGGUACAUCUGGAGCAGGCGGAGGGCUGGGUGGUGUGGGAGCGGAUUUAAUGCCGCCCAGCAUGACUCUGGGUCGGGUGGUGAUGACCGCAGCUGGAAGUCACAUUGGCGUGACGAAUGUCUCGGGAUUGUCGCAAGUUGCAAAUGCUCGCACCCGUGUCAAGUUCUCAAGCCAUGAGCUUGUUGUUCGCUGGCCGCCUCCCCUUUCUGAUAUCAAUCUACCAUUCCAUGCACAACAAGUGAUUGACAACAUUCAAUCCUCCAGCUUUGCCAAGAGAACUACGACCAUGAGGGAAAUUCUUCACGUUCAGGCAGGCCAGUGCGGGAAUCAGAUCGGUGCUAAGUUCUGGGAAGUCAUUUGUGAAGAACAUGGAAUCAAUCCUGUCGGGGAUUAUCGUGGGAAUUCCGCCCUUCAGCUUGAUCGGAUCAAUGUUUACUUCAAUGAAGCGUCCGAAGGCCGCUAUGUUCCUCGGUCUGUCCUUAUGGACCUAGAGCCGGGUGUUUUGGAUAGCGUUCGCGCUGGUCCUUAUGGAAAGAUCUUCAGGCCGGACAAUUUUGUCUUUGGUCAGAGUGGUGCAGGAAACAAUUGGGCUAAAGGCCACUACACGGAGGGUGCUGAGCUUAUCGACUCCGUUCUCGAUGUUGUUCGAAAGGAGGCUGAGAACUGUGACUGCCUUCAAGGUUUUCAAGUGUGUCACUCUCUUGGCGGCGGAACCGGUUCAGGAAUGGGAACUCUACUGAUUUCCAAGAUGCGUGAAGAGUUUCCUGACAGGAUGAUGAUGACCUUCUCGGUGUUCCCGUCGCCGAAGGUUUCUGAUACCGUCGUAGAGCCAUACAACGCGACGCUUUCUGUCCAUCAACUGGUCGAGAAUGCGGAUGAGUGCAUGGUUCUUGAUAACGAGGCGCUUUAUGACAUCUGCUUCCGAACUCUGAAGCUGGCUAAUCCGAGCUUUGGAGAUUUGAACCAUCUUAUAUCUGCGACUAUGAGUGGGGUCACGUGCUGUCUUCGCUUCCCUGGACAGCUCAACUCCGAUCUCAGGAAGCUUGCCGUUAACUUGAUCCCGUUCCCCCGUUUGCAUUUCUUCAUGGUUGGAUUCGCUCCUCUGACUUCUCGGGGUUCGCAGCAGUACAGGUCAUUGACCGUUCCGGAGUUAACUCAGCAGAUGUGGGAUGCGAAGAACAUGAUGUGCUACGCCGAUCCACGCCAUGGUCGCUAUUUGACUGCUUCAGCAGUGUUCAGGGGAAAAGUCAGCACCAAGGAGGUUGACGAGCAGAUGCUGAAUAUUCAGAACAAGACUUCCUCUUAUUUUGUGGAGUGGAUCCCCAACAACGUGAAGUCGAGCGUGUGCGACGUGGCUCCCACAGGACUCAAGAUGUCAUCCACUUUCAUUGGGAACUCCACUUCAAUUCAGGAAAUGUUCAAGAGGGUUGGUGAGCAGUUCACAGCCAUGUUCAGGAGGAAGGCCUUCUUGCAUUGGUACACAGGUGAAGGCAUGGAUGAAAUGGAGUUCACGGAAGCAGAGAGCAACAUGAACGACCUGGUUUCCGAGUAUCAGCAGUAUCAGGAGGCGACGCUGGAUGAUACUCCUCUGGAAGAGGAGGAGCGCGAGUUGGAUGAUGCAUGA